CCGCGGCUCCUCCCCUCCCUCGGAUGUGGCCGGGGGGCGGGGGGCGGGAGAGAGGGGGUGGCUGCUGCCGCCCGGGGAGAGCCGGGAGUCUUUUCCACGUUUGCAAAGGCCGCCGCACAUCCAGGCCCGACCAGCGCCGCCCGAGCUCCGUGCGCCCUCGCGGCUCCCCGCCGCGCCCCCUCCUCUCCUCGACUCCGAUGGCGAUCAGGGCCCGGAGUUGGCGGCCCCCGCCGCCGCCGCUGCUCCUGCUGCUUCUCUGGGUGACCGGGCAGGCGGCCCCUGUGGCGGGCCUGGGGCUGGGUUCGGACUCGGAGCUGCAGAUCGAGCGGCGCUUCGUGCCCGAGGAGUGUCCGCGCACCGUGCGCAGCGGCGACUUCGUGCGCUACCACUACGUGGGGACGUUCCCCGACGGCCAAAAGUUCGACUCCAGCUAUGACAGAGACUCCACUUUCAACGUGUUUGUGGGAAAAGGACAGCUGAUAGCAGGGAUGGAUCAAGCUCUGGUUGGGAUGUGUGUAAAUGAGAGGCGGUUUGUGAAGAUCCCUCCAAAGCUGGCCUAUGGAAGUGACGGCGUUUCUGGUGUGAUCCCCCCAGAUUCAGUGCUUCAUUUUGAUGUACUUCUGAUGGAUAUUUGGAAUUCGGAAGAUCAGGUUCAGAUUCACACUUAUUUCAAGCCUCCCAGUUGCCCUCGGACCAUCCAGGUAUCUGAUUUUGUAAGAUACCACUACAACGGAACGUUCUUGGAUGGGACACUGUUUGAUUCGAGUCACAAUCGCAUGAAAACAUAUGACACCUAUGUGGGAAUUGGCUGGCUGAUUCCUGGAAUGGAUAAAGGGCUGUUGGGGAUGUGUGUGGGAGAAAAACGCAUCAUCACCAUUCCUCCUUUCUUGGCCUAUGGAGAAGAUGGAGACGGGAAAGACAUUCCUGGUCAGGCAUCUCUGGUGUUUGAUGUUGCGUUAUUGGAUCUCCAUAACCCUAAGGAUGGCAUUUCCAUUGAGAAUAAAGUAGUGCCUGAAAACUGUGAGCGGCGAAGUCAAAGCGGGGACUUUCUCAGGUAUCAUUACAAUGGCACGCUCCUGGAUGGCACAUUCUUUGAUUCCAGCUACUCGCGGAACCGCACUUUUGACACGUACAUUGGGCAGGGCUAUGUGAUUCCUGGGAUUGAUGAAGGUUUACUUGGUGUCUGCAUCGGAGAGAAGCGGAGGAUCGUGGUCCCCCCUCACCUGGGGUACGGUGAGGAAGGAAGAGGGAACAUCCCUGGCUCGGCCGUGCUGGUGUUUGACAUCCACGUGAUUGACUUUCACAACCCGUCAGACUCCAUCAGCAUCACCUCCCACUACAAGCCCCCUGACUGCUCUGUGUUGAGUAAGAAAGGGGAUUACCUCAAGUAUCACUACAAUGCCUCACUUCUGGACGGGACCCUGCUGGAUUCCACGUGGAAUUUAGGCAAAACGUACAACAUCGUUUUAGGAUCUGGACAGGUCGUGUUGGGAAUGGAUAUGGGUCUCAGAGAGAUGUGCGUUGGAGAGAAGCGGACUGUGAUCAUCCCGCCCCACCUGGGCUACGGCGAGGCUGGCGUGGAUGGAGAAGUGCCCGGCAGUGCCGUGCUGGUGUUUGACAUCGAGCUGCUGGAGCUCGUGGCUGGCCUGCCAGAGGGGUACAUGUUCGUAUGGAACGGUGAGGUGUCAGCCAACCUCUUUGAAGAGAUUGACAAGGAUGGUGAUGGAGAAGUCCUCCUGGAAGAGUUCUCAGAGUACAUUCAUGCCCAGGUGGCAUCUGGAAAAGGGAAACUCGCUCCUGGAUUUGAUGCUGAGAUGAUCGUGAAGAAUAUGUUCACCAACCAGGACCGAAAUGGAGAUGGGAAGGUCACGGCUGAGGAAUUUAAACUCAAAGACCAGGAGACAAAACACGAUGAACUCUAAACCUGACAUGAGCCACUUGCAUGAUACCAAGCCCCCUGUUGUGGCAGAAUGUGCACUGAGGGUGCGAGGGUCUCUCAGAAGGGGAAUGGUCAGCAAGUAGUAGGUGGGUCACAUAGCACCUGGGACAUGCAUUGGGGUGGGUUGAUAUACAUGGUGAGAAUUUUAGGCUGAUGCCAGUGAUACUAAAUAAAAUCAGUGUAGGGGCCUUAGCAUGGGUGGUGUAGAACAUUGAAAAUGCUGCAUUGUCAGCUAUUGUUUUGUGAGCCUUCUGGGUAGGUGGUUUGUUAUUAAAGGAAAAUAGCAUCAUACAGAAGUUGUAAUCAUCUUGGAGGGAACAGAGGAAAAUGUGUCUGGGAUAUCCACAUAAAGAGGGUUAAAAAUGUUAACUUGC